AUGGCUUCGGUCGCAGUGCCCUUGCCCUCCCGCCACAAGGCUCUUGUGUACGACAAUCCCGGAAAACUCUCAGCCAAAAUCGAAGAGAUCGAAACGCCCAAGCCUGGCGUCGGUGAAGUCCUCGUCAACCUAACGCAUUCAGGAGUGUGCCACAGUGACUAUGGAGUCAUGACCAACGCCUGGUCUACUCUCCCCUUCCCGACACCGAAGAAUCAAGUUGGUGGUCAUGAGGGUGUGGGCAAAGUUGCAGCACUGGGACCGGGUACUGAAGGCUCGGGACUGAAAAUUGGAGACCGGGUCGGAAUCAAAUGGAUAGCCUCAGCAUGCGGGAACUGUAUCCCUUGCUUGGAGGGCGCCGAUGCCAACUGCACCUCGGCCAAGAUCUCGGGAUACUACACUCCAGGAACGUUUCAACAGUACGCUCUCGCCCCAGCCCACUAUGUGACACCAGUCCCGGAGGGUCUUCCCAGCGACAUCGCGGCGCCCAUGAUGUGCGGGGGUGUUACUGUCUUCAGCGCCCUGGCCAAGAGUGGCGCGAAGCCAGGCGACUGGGUGGUGAUUCCGGGUUCAGGAGGCGGGUUGGGCCAUCUUGCUCUGCAGAUCGGGUCAAGAGGAAUGGGCUUCCGAAUGAUCGGAAUCGACAUGGGCGAGAAGGAAAAGUUGUCCAGGGAUUGCGGGGCCGAGGUGUUUUUCGAUCUGUCCAAAUACAGCCGGGAUGACACGGGCACCAACAGACUCGUUGACGACGUCAAGGCUGCAACUGGCGGCUUUGGUGCUUCCGCCGUCGUGGUUUGCACGGCUAGCAAUGUUGCCUACGCCCAGGGAUUGAGGUUCCUCAAGUUUAGAGGCACCUUGGUCUGUGUUGGUGUGCCUGAGGGUGCUCCCGUGGCCAUUGCAAGCGCGAACCCUGGCGCCAUUCUCACACAGGAGCUCCGAAUUGUCGGUAGUGCGGUCGGGAACAGAAAGGAUGCUAUCGAUACUCUGGCCAUGGCAGCUCGGGGUGUUGUUAAGACACAUAUCGAAGUCCAACCAAUGGAUAAAUUGACCGAGGUGUUUGAGAGGAUGGAACAGGGCAAACUACAAGGCCGCGUCGUUCUUGACCUCAGCGGUUAA